CAAGCUGUAUACUGAGGCAUAUGCAAAACCUGGCAGGAUUUCUAAAUUACCUGUUUAGUUAAAGUCAAACAUCGUAGUUCAGACGUUGCGCUCUUUAUUAGAUCCAACUCAUCUCAUCAUGGUCAACCCCGCAAUCCACAAGUAUGGAACUGACGAUGGCUGGCACGGCGUGAUUCAAGAAGGCGGAGAAUUUCCCCCAGAAAAAGAUCGAUACCAUCUUUAUAUCGGUCUCUUCUGCCCCUACGCCCACCGCGCCAACCUAAUCCGGCACCUAUUCAACCUCCAAGACUACCUCCCCAUCUCCAUUGUGCGCCCCUACCCAAAAGGCGAACCAGGCUGGCGCUUCGACGCCACCUAUCCCGGCAGCACGCCAGACCACGUCUUCAACAGCCAAUUCCUGCACCAACUCUACUUCCGCGACGACCCAGCCUACAAAGGCCGCUACACCGUUCCUAUGAUCUGGGAUAAAAAAUCCCAAAAAAUCGUCUGCAACGAGAGCGCCGAAAUGGUGAAAUGGCUUCCGGCCGCCUUCUCGCAGCCAUCCUCCAUCGCCACAACGCUCUACCCCACCGACCUCCGUGACCAAAUCGACGACAUCAAAGCCUGGCUCACAGACCUCAUCUGCAACGGCGUCUACAAAGCCGGUUUCGCUCCGUCCCAAGCACCCUACGAACAGCACGUUGUCCCGCUCUUCGCUGCCCUCAACAAACUCGAGUCCUUGCUCCAUAGCAACGGCGGCCCGUAUAUCCUCGGCUCCCAGAUUACCGAGCUGGAUCUCUUUGCCUACCCGACUAUUGUGCGCUUCGACUCGGUCUAUGCCCAGCAUUUUAAGACGAAUCUCGGCUUGAUUAGGCAUGACUAUCCUGUGCUGAACAAUUGGCUCAAGGGCUUGUAUUGGAAUGUGCCGGGGUUCAAGGAGACUACUGAGUUUAGGCAUAUUAAGGAGAAUUACACAAAAAGUCAUGAAAGUAUCAAUCCGUUGGCUAUCACGCCGUUGGGACCGUACCCUGAUGUCGAAGAGGGGUAUGAAGAGGAUUGGAGUAAACUAAAGCCAGGACGAGUUGUGCAUCUGAGAGUGCUGGAGGCGCAGAGUAAGCUCUAAUGGAGCAGUGCGAAGUGAAAUCGAUCUUGUCUAUCCAUAGAAGAACAUCAAGCUAAACUUCAAGGAAAAAAAAA